UUUUCCAAAUAAACUUGACCCUAAUUGAUUCUAUUUGGUUUGAUACAUUGUUUGGAUCGGGUAUCUCUGUGGAUACAAUAACAAGAAAACGGCGCCAGUUUUAUAUUAGGUUUUUGAAAACGGUCGCCGCACCCUCACCGGCGUCAGUCGAUACACUACCGCCGUCGUACCGUUACUGCCUCAUCUAACCUUCAUCCCAUCUUCACUUUUCAUUUUCUAACUUUGUUAGUUCAGUUUCUUUGUUCUCAAAAUGCUGCGUAGAAAUAUCCGUUUGCGGAGAGAAUAUUUGUAUAGAAAAAGCUUAGAAGGAAAAGAGCGUUUGCUUUAUGAGAAGAAGCGAAAAAUCAGAGAAGCUCUUCAAGAAGGGAAGCCUAUACCUACUGAGCUUAGAAACGAGGAGGCGGCACUUCGUCGCGAAAUCGAUUUGGAAGAUGAAAAUACAGCUGUCCCAAGAACACACAUUGAUGAUGAGUAUGCAUUUGCUGCUGAGAAAGAUCCUAAAAUUUUGCUGACCACAUCUAGGGAUCCAAGCGCUCCUCUUCAACAAUUUGUAAAGGAGUUGAGUAUUGUCUUUCCCAAUGCUCAAAGAAUGAACCGUGGUGGUCAGGUUAUUUCAGAGAUUAUAGAAUCUUGCCGUUCACAUGACUAUACAGAUGUUAUCUUGGUUCAUGAACAUCGUGGUGUGCCAGAUGGUUUAAUUGUUUGCCAUCUACCAUAUGGUCCUACUGCAUAUUUUGGAUUACUCAAUGUGGUUACAAGGCACGAAAUUAGAGACAAAAAAGCUAUUGGAACAAUGCCUGAGGCUUAUCCACAUCUGAUUCUUGAUAAUUUCUCAACCAAGUUAGGUGAAAGGACGGCCAACAUUCUAAAAUAUCUGUUUCCAGUACCAAAACCAGACACUAAACGUAUUGUCACUUUUGCCAACAAGUCUGACUAUAUCUCGUUCAGGCAUCAUAUAUAUGAAAAACAAGGCGGUCCUAAAUCCGUAGAAUUGAAGGAAAUCGGUCCACGGUUUGAGUUGCGACUAUAUCAGAUAAAAUUGGGAACAGUGGAUCAAGCUGAAGCUCAACUAGAAUGGGUCAUCAGACCUUACAUGAACACAACCAGGAAGAGAAAAUUUCUCAGUGAUUGAUGCAAGGCAUAAUAUCAAAUGUUUCAAUGGUGUUAGUGAAGUUGCAGCUGAACCAUAUUAUACAUUCUUUGUAGAAGAAAAGCUCAAAAUUUUGGAGUGGAGAUUAUUUAACAUUUUGGACCAACACAAAUACAAGAAAAUGGGAAUUGAAAUGUGCUUGUUACUUAAUUUUUGAGGAAAAUUAUAUUUAGGAAUUUGAUUUGUAAUGGUGUUUUUACUUGAUUUGCUGAAAUGUUGGAUAUACUAGACUUACCAAGGGUCUGUUUAUUUUAAUUUUUUUUUUAAAAGUUUUUCAUGAAACUGUGAGCAGUCUUUGUUAGUCUUUUGGUCUUGUUUUCAAAACAUAAGUAUUAUAAGUUUAAUAUAUAUUAGUGAAAAACGUUUUUCUUGAGAAAAAAA